CGCUUCUUUGUCGCAUAGUCUUGCGCAACACUCCCCGAUAUCCUUGAGACGACUGAGACGACACCUCGGCUAGUCUGUCUGCUUACUUGGUGAUCUGCUCCUCAAGGGAGGUCUGUGUUUAGUUUCCAGCCAGUCUUUGCAUUCUAGGGGCCAGUGGCCGGGCAAAGUCUUGCUACACAAAGUCCGUAUUAGUAAAGUCACCUGAAUACUUGUAUCCCAAAAUGGAUUACCCGGACGACCAUCACCCACAUCACCAACCUCCCUCGCAGGAGUACGUCUAUCCCGAUAUUGAUGAGACGAUACAUUACCCAUGGCAGGGAAAUCAGCCAACCACGCAAGGAGAGGCCUCCAUUCACUCCGUUCUGGAUCCGCGCCUGUAUAAGGACCUUUUUACAGGUAACGCCUCGCAGGCUCAAGAUGAGGCUUCCUUUGAUGAGGAUGCAGAGGCGUAUCAUGAUGCGGACGACUCGGACGAGUCCCUCUAUACGUUGUCUUCAGAGGAGAGCUCAAGCGAGGAAGAAUUCUCUAACCAGGCUGAUGAAGACGACGAAGCCUACGGUCGGAGACGUCGCAGGGGCACAGGCCCCUUCUCUGGUCGGUACGGUGCGCGCGGUGGAAAGGGCAUUAGGAGGGGACCGCGCAAACCACUAGAACCGAGCCCCGAGUUCAAGAUCUUGCAUUCGGAGGCAACCUCUGCCUUCAUCGAUGGUGACUAUGACCGUGCCAUUGAUCUAACAAAGCGUGCCAUUCAGGUUAACCCCGAGAUGUUCGCGGCACAUUCGCUCUUGUCCGAAAUCUUCUUGGCCCAAGGCGAGAAAGACAAAGCAUUGACCGCGUUGUUCAGCGGCGCUCACACGCGGCCCAAAGAUCCUACAGUAUGGGCUAAAGUAGCAAGAAUGAUCCUCGAACGCGCCGGGGAGGAACGUCAAGGUGCACUGAAUGACGUUAUCUACUGCUAUAGCCGUAUCAUUGAGCUAGAUCCGAAGAAUUACAAUGCUCGAUUCCAGCGAGCAGCGAUCUACAGAGAAUUGGGCUACAAUGGACGAGCAGCGACAGAGUAUGAGCGCAUCUUGAAAGAAGUCCCACACAACGCUAGGGCGCUUCGCCACCUGGCAGAAACCUACAUCGACCUCAACGAUGUCCAGAAAGCCGUGGAUCAGUGGCGGGUGAGCGUGAAAUACUUCACGUCUCUAGAACCGGAAGAUGCUCCCGAAUUUUCUUGGUCCGAUGUCAACAUCUACGCCGAACUGUACAGCUAUCUGGGCCGGCCGUUUGAGGGCCUCAAGGCCCUCAAGUCUGUCUCGAGAUGGCUUCUAGGCCGGAAGGAUGAUACGAUGUGGGAGGAUUUUCAUGAAGACGACCGGGAAUGGGAUGCGGAUGAUUCUCCUCGACGCAUCAAGGCUGAUGGAUACGAACCUCGAAGGUGGCCUCGAGAUUCGUACGGUCUCGGUCUACCCCUGGAGUUGCGGAUCAAGCUGGCACUCUUUCGGCUGAGGAUGGGUUAUGAGCACAAGAACGAGGCUCUGCAUCACCUCGAGUGGUUGAAUCCGGAGGAUACGUCCGAACAUGCUCGGUUGUACGAUUAUGGCGACCUUUUCCGAGAGGCCGCUGAUGCGCUCAAAGACGUUGGGCUUUUCGAAGAGGCACUGCGGUUCUACAUGCCCCUCCAACAAACAAACGAGUACGCAGAUGUUGGCUUCUUCAUGGCAAUGGGAGAAUGUUGCAGUGUAUUGGGCAAGCUCGAAGACGCCGAGAACUGCUUUCUUACGGUUGCGGAGCACGAUGCACGGCACGUGGAAUCCCGCGUGCAGCUGGCAAAGCUUUAUGAGGGCAUUGGCAUGUCGGAAGAGGCUCUGAAAUACGUCAAUGAAGCGGUUCUGCUAGGAAGGCAGGAGAGCCGUAGUAACCGCCGGCGCAAGGACACAAGGCUGGAACAGCUGGCGGUGGAGUUCAAGGCAGCUGAUGCGGCUCGUGAAGACGCUGCCUUGAGGUCAAUCGCGCCUCAGCCCCCAAGCGCUGACCUGCCGGCUGCUCUGACUACUACUACUACCUCAGCUGCAAAGGAUACGGAGAUAAAUGAAGAACAAAGGAUAGCAAAUGUGCAAUAUCUCUAUGACAAGUUAAUGCAGCUGCUUCCGCAAGCGAAAGAAGGCAACGCAGAAGCCACGGAGGACUGGCUGGAUAUAGCAGACGCUUUGCUGCGUGAAUUUCGGUCAAAUCGAGUAUUCUAUCCCAUUCAACGCAACAUAACCUUCUUGGGAUAUUCGCGCGAAGCACAGAGAAAGGCGGGGAGACACAAGGGCCGCAACUUCAUCGAUGAGAUGCAAGAAAUGGCUGGGCGUCUCCAGGAGUCUUUAGGGAGUAUUCCUGACGAGCCACUUCAAGGGGCUAUACCAACUGACUACUAUGGGAUCAGCUUCAAUGAAUGGCUCGACCUUUUCUUGCAGUAUGCCCUCACUGUAGCGACGCAAGGAGAAUCCGACGAAGCGUACGACACGCUCGCAGCCGCUGCGGAUGCCAGCGUCUGGUAUCACUCCAAAGCCGACACCCGCAUGAUUCAUGUUUGCUGGUUCACUUGUGCGCUUCGGAUGCAGGAUGAAGAGACGCUUGCAAAUGAAGCACGAUGGUUUAUCAAGGAAUAUCAAUUCGUGACUGACACUUAUCGCUUGUUUGCCAUGUUGAGCCGGCUCGUCGGUGAUCCUCACCGGUCUUUGUUCCACUCGUCACCAAACAUGAAGUUCAUGCUGCGCCAGAUCAAGGCCAUGGACUUUACUGUACCGGACGAGGUUACAGGAGAACGACCAAAUCGGUUCGUGCGCGAGUCAGCUUACAAGGAACGCGCAUCCUUGUCUACGCGGGACGAGACGACUGGUGAAGCCAUCCCGGCAGAUGAAAUGGACGUUGCCCUCCUUGUGCUAUACGGCCACAUCCUUUACUCGGGAAACAGUUUCUACCCAGCCCUGAAUUACUUAUUCCGUGCCUAUGCACUGGACGAUCAGAACCCAGCCGUCCUGCUCUCCAUCGCCCUCUGCUACAUCCAUCACUCACUCAAGCGCCAGUCCGAAAACCGACACUACCUCAUCAUGCAGGGGCUGUCGUUCAUGCAGGAGUAUCGACGCGUCCGUGAACGACCGGGAAGUCUCCUAUCGGAACGGCAAGAAAUGGAAUUCAACUUUGCUCGCGUCUGGCAUAGCUUAGGGAUAGCCCAUCUAGCAAUAGAAGGCUACCAGCUCGUGCUAGAUCUCGGCGCACAGAUCCAAGCGCAAUCCCAACAAACGAUCCCGCACCCGAAAGAUGGCAGCGAUGUCGUCAUGGGCGAUACAGGGCUAGAAGCGCAAGCCCCUUUCGUAGAGGACUUUUCGCGCGAAGCGGCGGUGGCGCUGCAGAUUAUCUAUGCCCUGAACGGCGAUUAUCAAUCAGCCCAGAAGGUCACGGCCAAAUGGCUGGUGAUUUAGUCAAGAGAAUUCUAGUGGCGAACCAUCGAUCCCCGGAGGUCACCUGUACCAUGUACCCAUACUUAGUGACUGUACAUAACGACUUAACUAAUUGUUUAGUUCAACCACUAAUGCCGCGAAG